AUGGGGACACUUAUAGAGGAUUUGUUAGCAAGUGCUAAUAAAAAAUUGUUACAAAAAAUGGUGAUAUCGUCUGGAAAAACAAAAAAUAUUGAUUUAGUAUAUGGACAAGAUAUAAUCAAAAUAUAUUUAAAAAAAUAUGUAGAGUUAUGUAAUAAAUUUAUAGAAUUAUUUACACAAUUAUGUGAAUUAAUUAAAAAAUUAGAUAAUAAUUUAGGAGAAUAUAAUUUACAACCUUUUGAUAUGGAAAUGGAAAAUUAUACAUUAAAUAGUCAUAAUUUUUUGGCGAAAAAAGAGAAGGAAAAUUUUUUAAAAGAAACUCAAAUAAAUAUAGAAAAAAUAAUAGGAGAUAUAAAAUAUAAUAUUUUAAAUACUCGUGAAUAUAUAAAAAAAGUAAAAGAAUUAUAUUUGUUAAUAUAUAUAUACAUAUAUAAUUUUUAUUUUAAUAUAAAUAUGCUUGAUGAGUAUUUACAAAAAAACAGUAUAAAUAGCAAUAAUAAUUACACACACAAAAAAGGUCAGACAUAUAAUGAUGUUGCCAAUGUAGGGAAUAGCAAAACAGGUUGUAAACAUCCGCUUGUUGAAAAAUUUAUAAAUUUAAAUAAUAUAUGUAAUUUUGAAUUUGCUGAAUUUAUUUCAAAAGAUAUAUUUAUUUCUUUAUUUUAUUCGGAUAAAGAUAUUACAAAGAUUUCUAAAAAAUGUCUUUAUUGGAAGGAUAGUGAAAAAGACCAUAGUGUUAUUACUAAUAUUGGACAUGAUAAUAGCAUUAUAAUUUGUUUGAAUGAAAUAUGUUUUUUUUUUUUUAUGACAAUUAUUAUAUAUUAUAUUGAAAAUGAUUUAAAGUUACGAAUAAAAAUGUUUAUAUCAUUAAUAAAUAAGUUUCAUAAAAAUAAAUUAAAUUUAAAAAAAUAUAAUUUAAUACUUAAACAUAAUCCAUAUUUAAGUAAAAUUAAAAAAUUGACAUACAUAUUUUUAUAA